GGAGUUGGAAUCGGACGACGGAGGCGAAUAGUUAUCACCAUGCGCGAACCCUUAGAUCUUUGUGUUCGCAUACUCGGAUCGUAGUCCGAGAAUACUCACCAGGUCAAUGGCGUCGUAUUCGCGUCCCCAAAAUAGAGCAGAAAAUGCUCUGGUCAACUUCGCCAUUCAAUCUUCACGACGUGUAAAAUUAGAAGCAUCCAUCACGCGUCGGGAGAAGUAUCACGCAUCAAUCGCGCGUUUGGCAAAACAUCACGCAUUUAUCCCCUCGUCGGAAUAUUUUGGUGAAGCUGGUACAUGUUUCGUGCCAGUGCCAUGUCGGCGGGUAGCAUGUUUGAGGGUAGGGUUGAGGGUCGAAACUGUGAAGGCGCGUGUGUUUCAACGACCAUCACUCGGCACACGGGCGGCUAGGGCUAUCACGUUCAUGCGCAGAGGUUUAUUCGUAGUCAUAGUUGUUUCAGGAGUCAUGGUAAGAAAUGCAUUGGGGAGUAGAAUGUCAGGAGGUGGGAAUCACAUGGCAGAGAAGAGGUGGUAAUGCGGUUCAAACAAUUCUUUAAAUUUCAAAUAUAGCAAAAAGCUGCAGUAGACUGCGGACGAAGCCUCCAAGUCUAGAUCCUGAUAUCCUAGCCCGCUAUGGGCUAUCCUAUUCCUCCCAGCUCCUGCGGGUGACCUCAACGCCGUCAUGGCGGAGUAUCUCUCCCUUCCCUCCCAUUCCCCGUCAGGCCCGCCUAUUUCUAGGCGCAAACCCAAAACUCUUAUCCAUCC